AUGGGAAGAGUAAGAACGAAAACAGUAAAGAGAGCUGCUAGGCAGAUUGUAGAAAAAUAUUAUGCAAAACUAACUCUUGAUUUUCAAAUAAAUAAAAAGAUAACAGAGGAAGUUGCUAUAAUACCAUCAAAAAGAAUGAAAAAUAAAGUUGCUGGAUUUGUUACUCAUUUAAUGAAAAGAAUUCAGAAGGGACCUGUUAGAGGUAUUAGUUUAAAAUUACAAGAAGAAGAAAGAGAAAGACGUUUAGACUUUGUUCCUGAAAAAUCACAAAUUGAUGUGAAUGUAAUUUAUGUUGAACCUGAUACUGUACGAAUGAUUAAAUCAUUAGGGAUUAAUAUUAGCAAUAUGAAAGUACACAACCCAAUGAUUAAUGCCAAUCAACAAAAACAAAAUAGAAUGAAUAAUCAAUUUUAA